AUAUUUUGAAAAGCUAAACUUCAAUGAAGAAGAAAUUUGUUGAAAUCUAAUUCGGCGUUCAUAUAUCAGUUGAUUUAGUGCAGGAGGAAGUCAUCAAGAUGGGAAUAAUAGUGACCCGUUUACAGAAAUGGAUAUAUGACAGAAGGGAGCAUUGCAAACUCGUUAUGGUCGGACUGGACGGCGCAGGGAAAACAACAAUACUAAAUAGACUAAAGUUGGGAAAGUUGUAUGCAAUUGACACUUUCAAUGGCCUGAGCGUAUCAACACUAGACUACCGCAACCUCACCAUCAUCGUGUUUGACGUCGGCGAAGAGAAGUCCCAGCGUGAGUUUUGGGGACAUUUUACCCAGGAUGUCAAUGCUGUUAUUUACGUGGUGGACGCGGCUGCUCCUGGGGACUGCAACUGCUAAGGAAGAGCCUGGAG